AUGGCUACGGCCUUGGAACCAGAGGACCAGGAUCCUUGGGAAGAAGAGGGGAUUCUACUGGUGAAAUUGGAAGAUGAUUUCACCUGUAGGCCAGAAUCUGUCUUGCAGACGGACGACCCCGUGCUUGAGACCUCCCGUCAGAACUUCCCCGCGCUUGAGACCUCCCACCAGAACUUCCGACGCUUCCGCUACCAGGAAGCAGCCAGCCCUCGGGAAGCUCUCAUUCGACUCCGAGAACUUUGUCGUCAGUGGCUGAGGCCAGAGAGGCGCACGAAGGAGCAGAUCCUAGAGCUGCUCGUGCUGGAACAGUUCCUUACCGUCCUGCCCGGAGAGCUGCAGAGCUGGGUGCAGGGCCAGCGGCCAGAGAGUGGCGAGGAGGCGGUGACACUGGUGGAGGGUUUGCAAAACCAACCCAGGACACCAAGGCGGUGGGUGACUGCCCAUGUUCAUGGCCAGGAAGUCCUGUCAGAGGAGACAGUGCACCCAGGAGCAGAGCCUGAGUCACCUAGUGAGCCGCAGGAUCCUGCGCAGACCCCGACCCCAGAGGAGCCCCAUGUGGAGGUCACGCAGAGCCCAGAUCCGGGGGCACCAGCAGAGCAGAGCCUGUGCCAUGAACUGGAGCUGGAGCCCCUGCACGAGAUCGAGGUUUCAGUGCCCCAGGACCCAGACCUUCCUGAGGAGAGGAACACCGGAAACCCAGAGAUGGUCGCCCUUCUUACUGCUCUGUCACAGGGAUUGGUAACGUUCAAGGAUGUGGCUGUAUGCUUCUCCCAGGACCAGUGGGAUGAUCUGGAUCCAACACAGACAGAGUUUUAUGGAGAAUAUGUCUUGGAAGAAGACUGUGGAAUUGUGGUCUCCUUGUCAUUUCCAAUCCCCAGAUUAGAUGAGAUCUCCCACGUUUUAGAAGAAGACCCUUUGGUUCCAGAUAUCCUAGAGCCUCAAGACCCUCAAGAGCCAGACGUCCUGACUUUUACCUACACAGGAGACAGGAGUGACGAUGAGGACGAGUUUCUUGAGCAAGAAGAUCUGAAUUUGGAGAAUCUACACUCAUCUGUUUUAGGAGAUCCAGAAAUCCACCAGACUCCAGAUUGGAAAAUAGUCUUUGAGGACGAUCCAGGUAGACUUGAUGAAAGUUUUGAUACAAAUAUUUCUCACAUUAGUUCAAUAAAUCUUCAGGAUACCGUACCUAUCCACUCCCUGUUAGGGAAACCUCAUGGCUGUCCUGUAUGUGGGAAAAACUUCACGUGCAACUCCCACCUCGUUAGACACCUGAGAACUCACACAGGAGAAAAACCCUAUAAAUGUCUGGAGUGUGGCAAAAGUUACACACGGAGCUCACAUCUUGCCAGGCACCAAAAGAUCCACAUCCUGGGCGCUCCUUAUAAAUUCCCCCUAAACCAGAAGAAUCUGAAUGAGACCGCCCCCCUGGGCACAGCUGAGAAAACACCCAUUGAGAAGCCCUACAGAUGUGAUGAAUGUGGAAAGCACUUUCGCUGGACUUCAGAUCUUGUUAGGCACCACAGGACGCACACAGGAGAAAAACCUUUCUUUUGUACUAUUUGUGGCAAAAACUUCAGCCAGAAAUCUGUGCUAACAACACACCAAAGAAUCCAGCACGGAGACAAGCCCUACAUGUGUGGGGAGUGUGGAGAGUACUUCGGCGACCACAGGCAGUACCUGGUGCACCGGAAGGCACACGAUACCGAGCAGCUCUAUCUCUGUGGCCAGUGUGGGCGGAGCUUCGGCCACAGGGCUGCGUUUGCCAAGCACCUGAGAGGACACGCUGCAGUGAGGUCCUGCCAGUGCAAUGAAUGUGGGAAAAGCUUCAGUCGGAGGGACCACCUCAUCAGGCAUCAGAGAACACACACUGGCGAGAAACCGUUCACGUGCCCUGCCUGUGGGAAGAGCUUCAGCAGAGGCUAUCACUUAAUCAGGCACCAGAGGACCCACUCAGGAAUCACCUCCCAGCUAGGCCCCCAUGAUAGGUCGUCUUCCUUCAGCCCUGACCCCGGGGUAGGCGAGGAGCAGCCCUCUGUUUAUCUUGGGGAGACCUUUUCCGGGGAGUCUUUCUGACUUGCCCAGAUUGACAAGCUCUUUCCACAAUUAAGUAAACGCCCCUCUCAAGUUCUCCUUAAGGAGCUAUUUUGCCCAAAGUACACCCUGAGCUGAGGCUUCUUGACUGGAGUGUGCCUGCCUCGCUGUCAUCGGUAUGAGGCAGGAGAAUUAGAAGUCUUAAGAGUUGUGGUUAUUAUAUUUCCCCAGAAAUAGGCUGUUAGAUACCUUACAGACCAAGCAGCCUCGAGUUGGAGUUGCCCAGGACAAUUCCUUAGGUUUGGUAAGGGCUCAGAUCUUAAAGCACACAGCCCUGAACUCACGGCCAGACAUUUGCAUUCAGAUUGCUUUGCUAGCCGCUCACGGGAUAACUACACAUCUCACUGAUUCACUUCCUCACCGGGCACUGUCCGUGACACUGGGGAGAGAUUGGAGAAGUGUCAGAUGGGUGAAAACCUCAAAGCUGCUUCAUACGGACCUUGACAGGGGGCUCCAUUCCCAUUGACAAAGUGAUGCCAGUGCCAGACACCGCAAAAAAGGAGGACCUUGUCCCAAGCCUCUUUCCUUGUGGGUUUUUCUUCCCCUUCUUUUAGAAUUCUCAUGCUGUUCGCCUUCCUACUGUUCUAACAGUUUCUUGGUUUUGUCCCCAACACUUUCUACUACAAGUGGGAUGUGGCAUUUGGGUGCCAAGGGAUUUAACAAAACAUAAUCAUAAUGAAAACAUUUACAUUCCCACAUACGUACAAACCUGCCCGCCCACCCCACCCUCUCCACAGGGGUCUAUGAGGGCCCUUUGGAACAGUGUCGCCUUACAAAGGCAUUGGGUCACAUCGCUCAUAAAACUGGAGAUCUGGGAUCAGAUUAUGGAACAAUUAAGAAAAGGCUGUUACUGCUGGCCGAGGCUUUCAAGACUAUUCUCCUGACACCUAACCCCCUGCAUCCCUACCCUGGUUCUGUGGUAUCAGGGAACAUAAGGAACCCCAGCACCUGGGACCCUGAAGAAUUUACUAAAAGUAAAUGGCUUUCACGUG